AUGCUGUCGCUCCCUCUCUUCAUCCAUUUCGCUGCAGCGGCAAACCUCAUUGCCCAAAUUCCUCUCGUCGACUCCUUUCCCUUUGACCAUAAUGAAGAACGCGCCACCGCUUCCCUGGCGAACUUCAUCGCCUCCGAGGGUCCAAUUGCCCUACAAGGGGUUCUCAGUAACAUUGGAUCUGGGGGCGCAUUGGCUCCUGGGGUAAAAUCAGGCUUGGUUGUAGCAAGUCCUUCAAAGGCGAAUCCGGACUAUUUUUACACUUGGACAAGGGAUUCUGCGUUGACAUACAAGGCCUUGGUCGAUGCGUUCAUUGCCGGCAAUUCUAGCUUGCAAUUAGAAAUCGAAAAUUACAUCUACGCUCAAGCUCAGCUUCAAGCGGUCUCGAACCCUUCAGGUGACCUGUCCAAUGGUGCUGGGCUCGGUGAGCCCAAAUUCGAAGUAGAUGGUACUGCAUUCACAGGAGCUUGGGGUCGGCCUCAACGUGAUAGCUCAGCACUGCGAGCCACAACACUCAUAGCUUAUUCGAGAUGGCUGAUUGCGAAUGGGGGCACUUCCACUGUAACCUCAACGAUUUGGCCAAUCAUCUCCAAUGAUCUUAAUUACGUCGCCCAGUACUGGAAUCAGACCACUUUUGACCUCUGGGAAGAAACCGACGGCUCGUCUUUCUUCACCACAGUAGUCCAACAUCGCGCCCUGGUUGAGGGAAACACCCUCGCAGGACAAAUCGGUCAGACAUGUAACGGCUGCAUCCUCCAAGCUCCUCAAAUUCUUUGCUUUUUGCAAAGCUAUUGGAAUGGCCAAUAUGUCCUUGCGAACAUCAACGAGGACAAUGGCAGAAGUUCCAAGGAUGUCAACACGAUCUUGGGCUCUAUCCAUACAUUUGAUCCGUCUGCUGCUUGCGAUGACAGCACCUUUCAGCCUUGCUCCGAGCGGGCUUUGGCCAAUCAUAAAGUCACAACGGACUCCUUCAGGAGUGUCUUUGCCAUCAAUUCUGGUAUUGCUGAGGGUUCGGCCGUUGCAGUUGGCCGGUACCCCGAGGACAUCUACCAAGGGGGUAACCCCUGGUACCUCGCCACACUGGCAGCCGCAGAACAGCUCUACGACGCCCUUUACCAGUGGAACAAGACCGGAUCUCUCAGCGUUACCGCAAUCAAUCAAGCUUUCUUCAAAGACUUCCUGCCUUCCGUGGCAAUAGGCACCUUUGCCUCCUCCUCACCAACUUUCACGACUUUGACGACGGCCAUCAAGACCUAUGCGGACGGAUAUGUGGGCAUUAUCGAAACGUAUACACCAUCCAACGGAAGUCUAGCAGAGCAGUUCUCACGCAGUAACGGCUCCCCUCUGUCAGCGGUCGACUUGACAUGGAGCUACGCCUCCUUCCUCACAGCCGUAGCCCGUCGCUCAGGCCAGAUGCCUGCGUCAUGGGGCGAGCCAAUCGCCAAUACCGUCCCAUCCACCUGCUCCGCUACCUCAGCGCAAGGUACCUAUAGUACCCCCACCGCUACUGCACCCUUACCACCAUGUACCACCGUCUCAUCUGUAGCUAUAACCUUCAACGUCGCCGAGAAUACAACAUUCGGCGAGACGAUUCUUCUUGCUGGCUCGAUCUCCCAGCUCGGUAGCUGGAACACGGCAAACGCGGUUUCACUCUCUGCGACUGAUUACCAGAUUGAGUAUCCGAGAUGGUUCGUUACUGUGUCUUUGCCGGCGGGGACGACGUUUCAGUAUAAAUUUGUUAAGGAGGAAAGCAGCGGGAGUAGUACGUAUGAGGAUGGGCCGAAUAGGAGCUUUACGGUUCCGACGGGGUGUGCGGCGGCGGUAGAAGUGCAUGACGUUUGGCAGUAG